GAGAUAAUUAUAUGCUACAUUUAUACUCAAAGUUGAGCUACAGUGAUACCUAAAUGUUCUAGGUAUUUGCAGAAAAAAAUGGAGGGUGUACUUCUUUAAUGACAACAUCAAUGCAAGCUAUAUGACUUCGUUGCCCUUUAAUCUUUACAACUUCGUUCAACCAUGGUUGGAUAACUCAGCACACACAAUUUCUUCCACCAGUGUGAUGCAUACAAUGCAGUAUUCUGCGAGCUGGCUAGUUCACCUUCCGGCAGUUGCGCCGCACCUGUCCGCUGCUCCCGGUCAGGACACCAAUGGCGCCCAUCCUGACCAUGGCUGCGGCGAAGUCGCUACUGAACCGCGCCGAGCUGGCCGCGUAGCUCCUGACCAGUGCGUCCGUGGAGCCACCGUUGAAGAGCUCUUGAUCGGAGUGCAGCAGGCCCUGCUGCGCGACCAGAUCGCCGUAGUACGCGUUGUCGAACGCGUUCGGCGUGGACGCGUCCAGCGGCGCGUUGGCGCCGCCCCCUCCGGACGCCGGGCAGCCGGCCCUCAGCGACGCCGCGAAGGCCGCGUUGAUGUUGGCGUCGUUGUAGAUCCUGGCCUGGUAGUUCUGGCACUGCGCUUGCCCCACCGUGUGGGCUCCAGACAGAGCGACCAUGUCAGUGCUGCUGAGGCCUUUCCUGGCGAAUGCGGCGAGCAGGGUACUCAGGCUGGACGCCGGCGAGGGGAGGUCGGUGUUCGCGGUGGAGAGGCUCGCCGUGGUGGAGUCCCUCCUGCCGAGCUGCACGGUCCACGAUGGGCCUCCGAGCGCGACGACAGAGUCACGGGCGGCGACGGCGAGGAUGUCGGCGCACGACACGGUCCGCGGGCACAGCGCCUCCAGCAGGGCCUUGACGGUGUCGAUGACGCCGAACCCCCUGAGCGAGCCCGCGUUGGGGCCCGCGCUCUUCUCCCCGGUGAAGUUGCCCGUGUCGUCCAGCAGAACGGACGCGUCGCAGCCCUGGCGCACAGCGCACAUACACGGGCAGACACACGACUCGUUACAUGACUUUGCAGCUGUUCACGAAGUAUCGACCGGCUGCUGUGGACUGUGACUUGCCUGCACGAAGCAGUCGUGGAAGUGGAGCCGGAGCAGGGAGGCCCCCAUGCGGCGGUCCAGCAGCACGGCAGCCCUCACGGCGGCGUUGAUGGUGACGAGCGCGGCAGGGCACGACGAGGCGUAGAACGUCGGCGGCGACAGCUGAGCCCGUGCGGCGGCCACCACCGUCGCCAGCGCCAGGACCAGUACCGGGAGCUUGGAGUGGCGAAAGCGAUGGCUGAUGCACGCAGCAGCCAUGAACAGGUGCUAAAAUCCCUGAACACUCUCUCUUUCAGUAAAUAAUCCCUGAACGCUCGCGCUAGUCGCUC